AUGGAAGAUGUACAAGUAGAUAAGAAUGUGAAAAAAAAAGAGGAUUUUAGUUUGGAUGCUAAUAAUAAGGUGAACGAUUUUAAUAAGCCACCUUAUUUUCCAAAUGAAGAUAAUAAAUCUUUUUCAAAUAAUUUAAUUAAUAAAAGAGAAUUAGGAAAUAUUGAGAGAGGGGAUAUAAACAAAAGGUAUGACAUAAAGCAGGAUAUUUUAAUAACAUCCGAGGAAGAAGAGGAGGAGGAUGAUGAUGAUGACGAUGAUGACGAUGAUGAUGAUGAUGAUGAUGAUGAUGACGAUGAUGAUGAUGACGAUGAUGAUGAUGACGAUGAUGAUGAUGAACAUAAUGAUAACAAUGAAGAACACUUUAACAAUCACAACUACAACAUUAAUAACAACAAUAAUAAUACAAGUAAGAAUAAUAAAAAGAAUUCCAAAUAUCAUAAGGAUGACAAUUCGAGCUCGUUAAAUUGCUUAUCCGAUGAGGACAACAUAUAUUAUUCUAUGAAUGAAGGAUAUAGAACUAAUUAUAUUAUGGAAUCAUUAUUUGAUAAGAAUUCUUUUAUAUAUUUUACAGUUCCAUAUAAUAAAUAUAAUUAUACAAAUUAUUUUAUUAAUUGGAAUAAAAUAAGUUUUCGCAUGUAUGCUUCAUUAAAUUCAGUUAUGUAUAAAAAUAUAAGAAAAAGAAAAUUAGCUAGUAUAUCUGAUUUAAAUAACAAUAUGAAAAAUCCAUUAAUUUGUAUAAUGAAUAAUUUUUUAUAUUUUCUUUUAUUAAGUGAAUAUUUAAACUUUAACGAGCUUUUUAAAUUAAUGCCAUUAUGUAAAUCAUCCUAUAAUAUUUUUAACCACACUUUUUGUAUUAACGUACAUAUAAAUCCGUAUAAACAAAAGAUAUCAGAUAUUAUUAAAUUUAUGAGGAAAAAUAAAGAAUAUCAGUUUAAUAUUUUAAAGAAUAUAAAUACGCAAAGGAGGGAUCGAAGUAGUUUUUAUGAACAAAAGGAAGAAUUAUUUAGCGAUGAAAAUAAAUUCAAUACCAUUUUAUCACAUGAAUUAAUAAGUUCAAAAAAUAAAGUAUUUAGUGAGAGCCUACUUGAUAAAAUGAAUGAUAAAAAUGAAGAAGAAAAAGAAAAUGGUGAUAAUAAAAAGGAUGAACUGUAUAAUAAAAAUAUUAAUGGUAAUAUAAGGAAGAAUACAAAUUAUGAUUUAAUAAAAUGUUCAGAUAUAUCAGAAGUAUUUUUUACGAAUAAUAUAAUUAAUAUGAGAUAUCUAUUUAGUGUUUAUGAAUAUAUAAGAUUAUAUUUAAGUAAAUAUAAUAGAGAAAAAGUACAAUUUUGUAUAUUACAACAAAAAUUUAAAUAUAAUAGAAAACAUAAUAAUAUCUCUUUUGAUAAUAUAUCUCCUUAUGCUAAUAAAGUAUGUUCCUUUGAAUUUAAAGUGAAAUUGAAGAAAUAUAUACAAAGGAGAUGGAAUAUUAAAAGUAAUUAUAUACAUGAAGCAUAUUUUUGUCAUAAAAAAGAAAAAUCACAAAGUAAUAAUAUAAAUCAGAAUAAUUUACAAAUUGAUACUGAUAAUAAUAAUAACAAUAAUAAUGAUAGUACUGAUUAUUAUAGUGGUGGUGUUAUAAAAAUAAUUGAAAAUAGAUAUAGCCAUUUAUAUCCAUCAUUCUCAUCUUUCAUAACAUUAGAUAAAGAAGGAUAUGUUAAUAUGUGGAAAAUUAAUAAUAUUGAUU